GCGCAGCGCAAGUUCAUCGAACUUAUAUUCGAUCGAACUGGAAAGUAUGCCAACUGGGACCCACCUUCCGAAAUGCGACAGGUUGGGUCGUACGGAAGGAUCGACAAAGCAACGGGUGACUUGUCCGUCCAAGGCAACAUCUACUCGGAUGAAUUCAAGCAGCUUCUCGUCAAUGCUGGCAUUAACCCUGACUCUGACGAGCAUCAUCCCAAAGAUUGUCCCGACGAGUCUGAAUUUACAACUUGGUCUAAACACGUGAAACGCAUCGAUUUGAAUCUUUUGAUCCUCCGUCUUAUUCCUGAUAUGAUCACAUUCCGAUUGGCUCCACCAGAGGUGUCCCUGGGAUUGCCUACAGCUAGUAUCAAAGGGACUUGGCAGGUCAAGAAAGGCACCACUGGUGCUGUCUUGCUCAUGAACAACCCUCGUAUAAAACACAUUACGUCAGAUGUCCUUGGGAAGCUCGCGAGCAUUCAACUUCUUCAGUCCAUGCAUCUCGUAACCAAGGUGUUUUAUUGUCCUGCCUACUCUUUGUACCUCUCAGAUACAAGUGAGUGCAUCUCAUCGGAACUGAUGAUACUUAUCCAGGUGCAGGCUGGUGAAAAGAUCACCAUGGCUCUUCUAGCUUCCGCUCCCGUUGUGGCACCCGUGGGCACUCUUGAAGCGAAGGCUACGAUGAAAUGGUGGAGUGACACACAAACUGGAUUAGCACGCCACGGAUGCAAGACGGAGCAUUGCUUCACCCCUUUGUAUGAACUUUUACAUGUCAGGCACCCUCGUAACAGGCGGACGUCGCCAUCCCCAGAACGGACAGGCGAACAGUUAUGGAUCGCCCCUCCCCUCCCGUGGGCACCUCUCCGCGAGGAUGGCACAGAGGUGCCGAUAUACAUCAAUGAGAAUACGGAUAGCAGUGAUUCUGAGGAGGAAUAAGGUCGCCAAGAGUACACCCACAAUGGAGAACCAUUGCCACUAGCUUGAAGUGCACAUAUUGGCAGUGUCUGUUCUGGGACUCACGACAAGCUUGUAACAUAAAUUUUAUACCAGCAGCAAACAUUAUCAAUGCCAUACGGAUUGUAAUUCUAAAUCCACUGAAUGCAACAGAAUAUCACUCUAUUAAGAUUCAUAUGUGUCCGCCA